GCUGCUUUUCCUUCAAGGACUUGAAAACACAUAAUUUUUCGAGAGAUACCAAUUUAAACAAGUGUGACGCAUAAACGUAGCAAUUUUAUUGUGAAUGUCUUAUCUCCCCUACGCCCGAUGAACGACCUUUGGAAGAAGUCUUGAAGACUCGAACUUGAAAUGCUCGUCCUCGUUCUCCUCGCCUUUCUCUUCACACCCUCGCUGGCCACCUUCGGACCGACGGUGACCGCCAACUGGGCUGGCCAGUUCCCCUACGUCGUCAACUUUCAAAACCCGAGCAGCACAGUUGAGCGCACCGUGACCGGUUUAGUUUUGAGCUCCAAAAUGGCGUUGGUUUAUCAGUUUUUAACUCCAGCUACCAUCAACUUGUUCACGAUGACCGACUACGCCCUGGGGGUGCACUCGGUGGUCAAGUUGGUCGGGACUGCUGCUGGAAUUUACAAUGUGGUGAAAACGUGCAAAGCCUUUGGCCCGGCCCGAUUCAAUUUGACCGCGAGUGAAUUCUACACUUUCUCGGCCGACACUUCCGACGCCGCCGUUAUCUUCUUCCACAACAAUGCUUUGCUGUCCAAGUCGACGACGGCACUGUCGGACGCAAACUGCGACGCAGCAUUGAGCGCGGGAAUCUCUGCUAAUCAGGCGUGCGUCGCAACGGACUCAACGCCUGGUAUUUGCACGACGUACAUCAAAGACGCCGCAACCUACGAGUGGACAGCAGCGUUGGUGGUGCAGGGCCGAGUGCAGGGCUUUUUGAGCCGAGGAAAUUGCAACAUGGCAGGCGACAACAUCUUACCAACCCAGUUUGACAAGAUUGUUGUCAGACGCCAAGACAUUCUCGGCAUUUCAGGCAUUGUCGUCGACAAUCCUUGAGCAACAAUUCACAAUUCUUUUUUCUCCUGUAACUUUCGAACUCGGAAG